AGAGAUAGGGUAGUGGACGCCUCGGCUUCUCUAUCCUGGCCAGAGAGGCGACCAGAGAGGGAUCCCUGGAAAGCGGGGGGUCCAGUCCCCCCCACCCCUUCCUUCCUGCAAGUUCCAUCCUCUUCCCACCCCAUAAGCCCCCAUAAGCCUGCCCAGUCCAACCAUUGGUCCCCCUGGAGAGGAGAGGAAAUCCCCAGAGGAAGAGGAGAGGGAAGAGGCCUUCUCCAAAGCGGCUCUUUGCCAGAAACCUUUUCCUCUCUCUCAGGCUUCCAUCUUUAAGUGUCUUUUCCACUGCCUGGUUCAUUGAGGAUGAGGAUAAUGUACACCUGUCAUCAGAAACAGGGGUGCAGAGUCCGUGGAAAGACGCUCAGGAUUGAUAUAGAAGUUGAAAGCAUUUCUCUUCCUCUUAUUGUAGGCAGUGACAGAGAGUGACUGACAAGCUGAGAUUCUUUCCAGUCAAAGGACCCAUUUUCAUGAUAGACAGUGCCUGUGGCUGGAGGCUCUACACACAGGGUGUGCCUAUACGGGCCAAAGACUGCCAGUAUUAGCACAGGGCCUGCCUUCACCUGCAGCAGAAUUCCCCAACCCACCAAGGAUUUGAGACCCAUCAGCUAUCCUCACUUUGGUUUAGCCGGCCAGUUGAAGCCGUUGCUUGGAUCACGGCCCCUGUUACACGCUGACAGCUUCUGGAAGCCACAGGACUUCUUCUCAGCCCACCCUGAGGAAAGUGGUGGAGAAGAGAGUCAGAAUUCCAGGGGACCGGGCACCUUUCGUUUCAUUAGGAAUAGACAUCAAAAUGUGUGAAAUGUGUAAUAUGCUUCGCUGAAUGAGCACAAAUAGCUCACAUCAACUAUCUCAAAGAGCGAAGAAACCAUUUAAAGGUAUGGAGAGUGGAAAGAGUUUUAGUGAGAAUGCAACCCUUAGAACACAGCAACGGGUUCACACAGGGGAGAAACCAUUUAAAUGCAUGAAGUGUGGAAAGAACUUCACUUUCAAUGCAUCCCUUAGAAGACAUCAACGGACUCACACAGGAGAGAAACCAUUUAAAUGCAUGGAGUGUGGAAAGAGCUUCAGUUUAAAUGCAACCCUUCGAAGACAUGAACGGACUCACACAGGAGAGAAGCCAUAUAAAUGUAUGGAGUGUGGAAAGAGCUUCAGUCAGAGUGGACACCUCAGUAUACAUCAACAGACUCACACAGGGGAGAAACCAUUUAAAUGCAUGGAGUGUGGAAAGAGCUUCAGUUUAAAUGCAAACCUUAGAAGCCAUCAAUGGACUCACACAAGUGAAAAACCAUAUAAAUGUAUGGAGUGCGGAAAGAGCUUCAGUCAGAGUGGACACCUCAAUAUUCAUCUACAGACACACACAGGGGAAAAACCAUUUAAAUGUAUGGAGUGUGGAAAGAGCUUCAGUUUCAAUGCGUCCCUUAGAAGACACCAAUGGACUCACACAGGAGAGAAGCCAUAUAAAUGUAUGGAGUGUGGAAAGAGCUUCAGUGGGAGUGGAGACCUCAAUAUUCAUCUACAGACUCACACAGGGGAGAAACCAUUUAAAUGUUUGGAGUGCGGAAAGAGCUUUAGUCGGAAUAGAGAGCUUAAAUUACACCAGCGGACUCACACAGGUGAAAAACCAUAUGAAUGUAUGGAGUGCGGAAAGAGCUUUAGUGAUCAUAGAUACCUUAGAAUACACCAACGGGUUCACACAGGGGAGAAACCAUUUAAAUGCAUGAAGUGUGGAAAGAACUUCACUUUUAUUGCAUCCCUUAGAAGGCAUCAAUGGACUCACACAGGAGAGAAACCAUUUAAAUGCAUGGAGUGUGGAAAGAGCUUCAGUCGUAGUGGACACCUCAGUAUACAUCAACAGACUCACACAGGGUACAAACCUUUUAAAUGCAUGGAUUGCGGAAAAAGCUUUAGUAGCAGUAGAGCCCUUAGAAGACAUCAACGGACUCACACGGGUGAAAAACCAUAUGAAUGUAUGGAGUACGGAAAGAGCUUCAGUCAGAAUGCUGUCCUUAAAUUACACCAGCGGACUCACACGGGUGAAAAACCAUUUAAAUGUAUGGAGUGUGGAAAGAACUUCAGUGGGAGUGGAGACCUCAAUAUUCAUCUACAGACUCACACAGGUGAAAAACCAUAUGAAUGUAUGGAGUGCGGAAAGCGCUUUAGUGAAAAUGGAAAGCUUAGAAGACACCAACGGGUUCAUACAGGGGAGAAACCAUUUAAAUGCAUGGAGUGCGGAAAGAGUUUUAGUGAGAAUGCAAGACUUAGAACUCACCAACGGAUUCACACAGGGGAGAAACCUUUUAAAUGCAUGGCGUGUGGAAUGAGCUUUAGUCAGAAUGGAUACCUUAAAUUGCACCAGCGGACUCACAUAGGGGAGAAACCACAUGAAUGUAUGGAGUGUGGAAAGAGCUGCAGUUGCAAUGAAACCCUUAGAAGACACCAGCGGACUCACACAGGGGAGAAAACUUGGAAAUGCAUGGAGUGUGGAACAAGCUUCAGUAACAGUGGAAACCUUAGAAGACAUCAACGAACUCACACGGGUGAAAAACCAUAUAAAUGUAUGGAGUGUGGAAAGAGCUUCAGUGGGAGUGGAGACCUUAGAAGACAUCAACUUACUCACACGGGUGAAAAACCGUAUGAAUGUAUGGAGUGUGGGAAGCGCUUUAGUGAUAAUGGAAACUUUAGAAGACACCAACGGGCUCACGCCGGAGAGAAACCAUUUAAAUGCAUGAAGUGUGGAAAGAGCUUCACUAUCAAUGCAUCCCUUAGAAGGCAUCAACUGACUCACACAGGUGAAAAACCAUUUAAAUGCAUGGAGUGCGGAAAGAACUUCAGUUUCAAUGCAACCCUUAGAAGACAUCAACUGACUCACACCGGUGAAAAACCAUAUAAAUGUCUGGAGUGUGGAAAGAGCUUCAGUCAGAAUGCGGGCCUUAGAUUACACCAGUGGAUUCACACGGGUGAAAAACCAUAUAAAUGUAUGGAGUGUGGAAAGAGCUUCCGUCAGAAUGGUGACCUUAAAUUACACCAGCGGACUCACACAGGUGAAAAACCAUAUAAAUGUAUGGAGUGUGGAAAGAGCUUCCGUCAUAGUGGACACCUCAGUAUACAUCUACAGACUCACACAGGGGACAAACCUUUUAAUUGCAUGGAUUGCGGAAAAAGCUUCAGUAUCAGUGGAGACCUUAGAAGACAUCAACGGACUCACACGGGUGAAAAACCAUAGGAAUGUAUGGAGUGCGGAAAGAGCUUUAGUCAGAAUACGGGCCUUAAAUUACACCAGCGGACUCACACGGGUGAAAAACCAUAUGAAUGUAUGGAGUGUGGAAAGAGUUUCAGUCACAGUGGACAACUCAAUAUUCAUCUACAUACGCACACAAGGGAGAAACCAUUUAAAUGUAUCGAGUGCGGAAAGCGCUUUAGUGAAAAUGGAAACCUUAGAAAAAAAUCAACAGAUUCACACAGGGGAGUAACUACCAUAUUUUUCGCUGCAUAAGACGCACUUUUUCCCUCCUAAAAAGGAAGGAGAAAUCUCUGUGCGUCUUAUGGAGUGAAGGCCCGCUUGCAACAGCAGGCUUGGUGUGCCUUAUGGUCUGGUGUGCCUUACGGAGCGAAAAAAUAUGAUAAUUAAAUGUAUGGAGUGCAGAAAGAGCUUAACUUUCAAUGCAACCCGUAGAAGACACCCAACAGGUUCACACAGGGAAGAGGCCAUUUAAAUAUAUGGCAUGUGGACAGAACUUCACUCAGAGUGGAACCCUUGAUUUACAUAUACAAACUUGCACAAGAGACAAACCAUGUAAAUGUCAGGAAAGUAGAUAGAGGGUCAGUCCUAGUGGAAGUUCUACAUCAACAGACUUAUGAGCAGGAAGAACUUUAAUAGUUUAAACCGUACAAACCCCUCAACAACUCAAGGAGGAGAAGCAGUUUAAAUGGAAAGAUUUGCAGAAAAUGCUUUAGUUACAAUGGAGUGUUUAAGAAACAUCUUGGGACUCUCAAAAGGGAGAAUCCAUUUAAAUGUAUGGAAUGUGGGACCUGUUCCUCUCAGAGUCCACUUUUUUCUUCACAGCAAUGAACUCAGCAGGAAAUCAUUCUUAAAAGCAUGAUGUGUAUGUAAAGUUCUUGUGUUUAUAUGUAAAACUGAACAGUAAUGAAAUAUUGAAGGCAAUGUCUCACAAUAGUGAGUAUAAUUUUAGGUGUAAGAUACCUUUUGAUAGAGAGGGGAAAUCUGAAUUGCUGGUGGGGAGUGAGGAUUAGGGCUGGGCGAUAUACUGAUAUCUCAUCCAAUACCAGUUUCUAGACCACAUCGUGAUAACCUUUGAAAAACAAUUGAUAUGGCAAUAAACCGUGAAUCACAGCGUGUGUUUCUGGGAUGUGCCUGGAAGCAGCCGGCAGAAAACUUUGCUUCGUGAAGCCCCUGAAGAUGCCAAGUUGCUGACUUCCCUCCCAGACGACAGGAAGCGAAACACACACCUCCAUUGCCCUGUGUCGUUCCAGCCUCUUUCCUCCCUUGCUCCCUUCUGCUGGUGUGUGUGCCUGACUUAGUUAUCCUGUGUGGUGCAUUCUUUUACUGCUGAAACUGGAUUUGCUCUCAGGAGCUAAAUUUUGUGCCUCACUGGGGACGCAAUGAGAACUGUAUGCCUUGAAAGCUCAGAAACUAUGACUGAAGAAGUCCUACUUUCCCUGUGUGUGUUUUUGACCUCAGUGUGGGAAUUGCUCUACAUGUGGCCCCUAUCCCACUACUUGGCUCAUGCCCUGGAGUUGCUCUACUCAGGCAUGCAAGACAGGUGUGUGUGUGUCAUACUGGUUUUUGCACCAAACUCUGUCACCCCACCACCACCACAUGAUCUCCAAACACUGCUUCUUCACCAGAACAUUAUCCCCGCUCCCUGCACGUUCCGAAGAAAACUUAAAAUUCUGUAAUUUAAUGGGAGAUUCCCUGCCCCUAAGCCUAAUUGCAAGAGGGGGAAGGAGGGACUGCAGGUACCAGGGAAGUCUCCUGGGGGGUCCAUCUUCACUCAUGAACCCCAUGGGGCAGCCCCAGAGCUACUGCUUAUUCUGGGGUUUGGGGAAGAUGGAAUUUUUCCAUAGUCCCAGAAGUUAUUAUUUAUUUAUUUUAUUUAUUUUUUUAAAAAUCUUUUAUUUAUUGAAUUAAACCAUUACAUAUUCUUUGAUACAUAUACCACCUUGAAACACUUAAACCAUUAAAUAUUAAUUUACACUUAUAUAUGUACAUUAUUUACAUUAUUUAAACUAAACAAAAAUAUACUAGAUUGUUAAGUCCAUUAGUCUAAAUUCAAAUAAACUAAAUCAUAUAAACACAGACUUCCCCUCAUUCCCCGAUGCAAAUUGCGUCUAUAACAUUGAAUGCACUUAAUACUUCUUACCCUACUCUUACUAAAAAUUUCCAGUACUUUCUUAUAACAUAUUGUGCCAUAUUUCCCUAUUUCAUAAUAUAGCGGAACCUCGGUUUAUGAACACCUCGGUUUACGAACUUUCGGUUUACGAACGCCGCAGACCCAUCUGGAACGGAUUAAUUCACUUUCCAUUACUUUCAAUGGGAAAGUUCGCUUCAGUUUAUGAACGCUUCAGUUUAAGUACUCAGCGGACCGUCUGGAACAGAUUAAUCCACUUUCCAUUACUUUCAAUGGGAAAGUUCGCUUCAGUUUAUGAACGCUUCAGUUUAUGAACAGACUUCCGGAACCAAUUGUGUCCAUAAACCGAGGUACCACUGUAUAUGGUUUACACAAGAGUCAUUCUAGUGCUGCCAUAGAGAUUAUGUUGCUAUUGUCUUUUUUUAGGUAUUUCUUGAACAUAUCCCAUUUUUGUACAAAUGAUUGUUUUGUAUUUCCCCUUAGUUGGGCCAGUUCUGCAUAAUCUAAUAACUUGUUCUGCCCCCCCCCCCACUGUUGGUAUUUUUUCACCUUUCCAAUUUGAUGCAAUUAAUAAUCGGGCAGCGGCUGUUGCAUAUAAAAAUAUUUCUCUUAUAUUUUUUGGGGAUGUCACUACUUAAGAUUCCGAGAAGAAAAGCCUCUGGUUUCUUGCAAAAGUUAUGAAGAUCUUUUUCAUCUCAUCAUAAAUGAGAUUCCAAAACUCUUUAAUUUUUCGGCAAGUCCACCACAUAUUGUACAUACCUGUAUCUCCUUUUGUUUCUCCGCACCGCCAACAUUUAUCUGAGAUCAAUUAUACAUCUUGGAGAGUGUUGAUGGUGUAAGGUACCAUCUGAAUUGCAUUUUCAUCAUGUUUUAUUUCAUUGUAUAACAUGCCGUAAAGUUCAUAUUCGUUUUCCAGAGGGCUUCGCAUUCACUCAUCAUAAUGGUACGUCCGAUGUCUUGUGCCCAUUUAAUCAUUACAACUUUCACCUCCUCCUCCUUGACUUCCCAGUCAAGGAGGAGGCGGUACAUUCUGGAAACAACUUUGGUAUUUUUUUUAGCAGUUCUUUUUCUAACUUUGAGGAUUCAUCAUUAAAUCCAUUGUUUUUGGUCUUGUUUAAAUGUCUCAAAGAGCUGGUGGUAUUCUAGCCAUCCUGAUAGUUGGUCUUUUAUUUCUUCGUAUCUCUUUAAUUUUAUUUGAUUGUUUUCUUUUAUUAAUAAUGAAUUAUAAGUCAGCCAGUUUCCUUUCAUAUUUUUCUUUUUGACUGUCUUUGCUUCUAAGGGAGAAAUCCAACGUGGAGUUUUUGGUUCCAACAGGGCUCUAUAUUUUGCCCAUACUUUAAACAAUGAAUUUAUUCUUAUGUGAUUUGUAAAACUUUUGUGUACUUUAGACUUUUCAUAAUUUGGAUAGGCAUGCCAACCAAAACUUAAAUAUUGCCCCACAAUAUCUAGUACAUCUGUGUUUUUAAGUUGAAACCAAUAUUUUAUCCAAGAGAGGCAUGCUGCUUCGUAAUAUAAUUUUAGAUUCUCAAUAAGUAAGUUAUGUUUUAUCCUCUAAAACCCCUAACAAAGGCAUGCAAGUCCUUAUAUAGACAUUUUGAAAUUGCCCACCCUGGAGCCCAAGACUGUCCCCAGAACCAUCUUAAAUACAUCACAGAAGGGGUAUAGCCCAAGACUGCCCCCAAUACAUCAUACCUACAUCAGAGGAGGGGCAGACUACAACAGAAAUCUGGGUGUGCUAUUUUUCUCCUGUCUGCCAGGUUACCUGAUUGGAUUACCUGGGCAUCAGGGCCUAUUUUUCCCCCUUAUGAUAACUACUCAAUUCCUGAAUACAGGUCACAGGUCACAGGCUCACCCUAUUCAUAUCUUAAAUGUGCCCUUAAGACAGGAUUUGUGAGCAAAGAGACAGUGGGGAGGUUUCCCACUUUCACCUUGCAGAGAAAUAUUUGAGGUCCAUUUGGGAGGGACAAAAUGGUUCCAGGACUUUUUCCGUGGGCUUCAGACAUGUGGUGUUUGUGUGUAUACACAGUGAGGGGAAAAAAUAUUUGAUCCCACUGCUAAAUUUGCCCAUUUGCCCUCUCACAAAGAAAUGACCAGUCCAUAAUUUUAAUGGUAGGUUCAUUGUAGCUGUGAGAGACAGAACAACAACAGGAAAAACACCAGGAACCCAGAAGACAAAAGUCACUGAUUGAUGUGCAUUAUAAUGAGUGAAAUAAGUAUUUGAUCCCUUUGCAAAAGAUGACUUAGUACUUGGUGGCAAAACCCUUGGUGGCAAUUACAGAGGCCAGACGUUUCUUGUAGGUGGCCACCAGGUUUGCACAGAUCUCAGGAGGUAUUUUGUCCCACUCCUCUUUGCAGAUCCUCUCCAAGUCAGUAAGAUUUCGAGGCUGAUGUGUAGCUACUCGAACCUUCAGCUCCCUCCCCAGAUUUCCGAUGAGAUUAAGGUCUGGAGACUGGCUAUGCCACUCCAGGCCCUUAAUGUGCUUCUUCUUGAACCACUCCUUGGCCAUGUGUUUUGGGUCAUUGUCAUUCUGGAAUACCCAUCCUCGACUUGGCUGAGGGAAGGAGGUGCUCACCCAAGAUUUGAUGAUACAUGGUCCCGUCCAUCGUCCCUUCGAUGCAGUGAAGGUGUCCUGUCCCCUUAGCAGAAAAACAUCCCCGAAGCAUAAUAUGUCCCCCUCCAUGUUUGAGGGUGGGGGUGGUGUUCUUGGGGUCGUAGGCAGCAUUCCUCCUCCAAACACGGCGAGUUGAGUUGAUGACAAAGAGCUCGAUUUUGGUGUCAUCUGACCACAACACUUUCAUCCAGUUCUCCUCUGGGUCAUUCAUAUGUGCAUUGGCAAACUGCAGACGGGACUGUACAUGUUCUGUCUUGAGCAAGGGGACCUUGCGGGCUCUGCAAGAUCUCAUUCCUUCAUGGCGUAGUGCAGGCAUCCCCAAACUGCGGCCCUCCAGAUGUUUUGGCCUACAACUCCCAUAAUCCCUAGCUAACAGGACCAGUGGUUGGGGAAGAUAAGAAUUGUAGUCCAAAACAUCUGGAGGGCCGAAAUUUGGGGAUGCCUGGCGUAGUGUUACCAACUGUUUUCAUGGUGACUAUGGUCCCAGCUGCCCUGAGAUCAUUGACAAGUCAUCCCCCCCCCCCUGUGUAGUUCUGGGCUACUUCAUCACCGUUCUCCUGAUCAUUGAAGCAAAAUAAAAAAAAUCCUUCCAGUAGCACCUUAGAGACCAACUAAGUUUGUAAUUGGUAUGAGCUUUCGUAUGCAUGCACACUUCUUCACCAGACCCUUAUAUAUAGGGAGAGGGUGGGUAGGGGUAUUAUUCAGAAGGGUGGUGGGAAUGGGUGAUUGGUUGAUAGGUGUGGUAAACCUGUUGUCAACUGUUAACAUUUUAUUUUAUUUUAAUCUUUGCUGGAAGCCGCCCAGAGUGGCUGGGGAGACCCAGCCGGAUGGGCGGGGUACAAAUAAUAAAUUAUUAUUAUUUUUAUUAACGACUGCAAUUGGUCUUACAGGAAAAAGCAAGGGGUGAGAUGGCUAAUGUCUCCGUAACACUAAAAAUAGCUAUAUCAUGUAUAAUGAGAUAAGAAUCCAAUGUCUCUAUUCAGACCAGGUCUCUCCAUCUUUUUAAGUUUGGUAAUAAGUUGCAAUUCAGCAACUUCUCCUUCCACUCUAUUUCUGAAAUAGCUCCUGAUCAUUGCAACUCCACGAGAUGAGAUCUUGUAUGGAGCCCCAGACUGAGGGAGGUUGGCAGUUAUUUUGUGUUUCUUCCAUUUGCGAAUUAUUACACCAACUGUUGUCACCUUCUCACCAAGCUGCUUGGCAAUAGUCUUGAAGCCCAGUCCAGCCUUGUGCAGGUCUACAAUCCUGCUCCUGACAUCCUUGGACUGCUCUUUCGUCUUGGUCAUGGUGGCUACUUUGGAAUCUUCUGGAUUGAUUGCUUCUGUCGACAGGUGUCUUUUGUACAGGUACUGUAACGAGCUGGGAUUACAGGUAAGACCUCUCCCUUACAGCAGGUGCUUCCAUUACAUACAGUGAAGAUACCAGGUAGCCUGACAUCUGGCUGGUUGAUAGGGGAUCAAAUACUUACCGUAUUUCACUCAUUAUAAUGCACACCAAUCUCUUACUUUUGUCUUCUGGGUUUCUGGGGGUUUUCCUGUUGUUACUCUGUC